AUGCUGAUGCUAAAGGUAAUGCUGAUGCUAAAGCUGAUGCNCGGGGGAAAGCCGGAGCUUCCUGAGUCUCAAUGUGAUGACACUAAGAUGGAUGCCGCAAACAGGAAGGUGGCUCGUCUCUACAAGGUGUCUAAUGCAGGUGGGGACAUGGAGGUUACCAUGGUAGCAGAACAGAGCCCCUUCUCCCAGGACCAUCUGCAUUCCAGCGAGUGUUUCAUCCUCGACAGUGGAGCCAGUGGACACAUCUUCAUCUGGAAAGGUAAGGAUGCUAACACUGAGGAGCGUAAUGCCGUCCUGCAGAAUGCAGAGAAGUUCAUCUGCCAGAUGAACUACCCACCAUACACACAGGUCCAGGUCCUCCCUGAAUCCGGGGAAACGCCGCUCUUCAAGCAGUUCUUUAAGGACUGGAAGGACCCUGAGGACACCGUUGGCAUGGGAACAGCCUACGUGUCCAAUCAGAUCGCAAAGAUAGAGAAGGUGCCGUUCGAUGUGUCAGAGCUCCACCAAUCAGAUUGCAUGGCAGCGCAGUACGGCAUGGUGGACGACGGAGAGGGUGACAAACAGAUCUGGCGUAUUGAAGAAUCUGAUAAGGUUCUGGUGGAUCCAGCGGUCUUUGGUCAGUUCUACGGAGGGGACAGUUACAUAAUCCAGUAUCAGUACCACCACAGCGGCCGACAGGGUCAUGUGAUCUACAUAUGGCAGGGGGCGGAGUCUAGCCAGGAUGAGGUUGGGGCGUCAGCCAUCUUGGCCAUCAAGCUAGAUGAGGAACUGGGAGGCGGCGCUGUUCAGGUGAGAGUGGUUCAGGGGAAAGAGCCUGCCCACCUCAUGAGCCUGUUUGGUGGGCAACCAAUGGUGGUGCACAAGGGCGGGACAUCCAGAGAGAACGGCCAAUCACAGGUGGCAGAUACCCGCCUGUUCCAUGUCCGAGCCAAUCCAGCAGGACACACCAGAGCUGUUGAGGUGGAUCCAUCCUCCUCCAGUCUGAACUCCAGUGAUGUCUUCGUCUUGGUCGCCCCCUCUGGAUCCUGGAUGUGGAAGGGGAGAAGGAGUGGCUCGGCUGAAGUCCAGGGAGCUGAACACCUGGCCAGCAUCCUGCAGGUGACCCCCGCCCAGGUGGAGGAGGGUGAAGAGGAAGGUGCAUUCUGGGAUGCAGUGGGAGGGCAGGAGGACUACUGCCGGGCUCCCCGGCUGAACAACAUGGAGGCUCAUCCUCCCCGGCUGUUCGCCUGCUCCAACAAAACCGGAAACUUCCUGAUGGAGGAGGUUCCAGGUGAGCUGACGCAGGAUGACCUCGCUCCUGAUGAUGUCAUGAUCCUGGAUACCUGGGACCAGGUGUUUGUUUGGAUUGGGAAUGAGGCCCAUGAGGAGGAGAAGGCAGAGGCUGUGAAAUCAGCUGUGCGCUACAUCGAGAGCGACCCAGCAGACAGAGACCCGCGAACCCCGAUCGUGACAGUGAAACAGGGGUUUGAACCGCCGACCUUCACCGGCUGGUUUCUGGGCUGGAACCACGAGUACUGGACUGAUGACCCACUGGACCGCUUCCGCCAGAGCCUGUGAUGUUACUGGAUGUUGAAAUAAAAGUCUGACUGCCUCAAUAAAUAAAAGCUGUGUGUUGUUGCCGAGGAAA